AUGUCAAACUAUCAGAGAAGACCGUAUGGCCGAGAUGGAAGCUAUGCUAUUGCCAACGGCCGUCAAACCGGUGUAUUUGAUAGCUAUAGGGACCAAGUACACCCCAGUACUGAUAGGUACUCGUCAAAUAUUCACCAGAGGUUCUCGUCUCGAGAAGCUGCCGAGAGGGCUUUGAAUAGAUCUGGAUCAUCCAAUAGUGGCACCGGGCGUCACUAUGCAGUUAGAAGCGGUCGGAACCCUGGAAUUUACCCCGACUGGAUUAGAGCUGCACCAGAAGUCCUCGGUCACCCUCACAACGAGCACCGCAGGUUUGAUAGUCGCUCCGAGGCUGAACGUUAUAUGAAUUGCGAGCGCUCUGGAAGGCUCACACCCGACAGUUCCUCUACCUCGAACUAUCAGACCUCAUGGUAUUCUCUUAGUAGCGAAUACGGAGGCAGAUUUGACUCGGCGAGGGAAUGUGCAAGCCGAAAUGACACAAGAAGUGAAUAUGGAGGUGACUGCGAAGAGAGGACCGGAUAUGCCUCUGCUGAGUAUCUCUACAAUGAAAGUGAUACCAACCGCGAAUACCCUACAGGUAAUAGUGGCUGUAGUGGAGGUUCUGGAUACGGCUAUGGUGGCGGAGAGUGUCGGAGUGGCUACGACUAUGAUGAUUACGAAGAUGAAGGCAAUGAUAGCAGGGAUAAUGGCGAUGGAGAUGAGGAUGACCACCAGGUUGGAGAUUGCGACUAUGAUGGUAAUCAUGACGGCGGUGACUAUGGAGAUGAUGGUUGCGGUCACGAUAAUGGAGAUUACGACGACUACGGUGACUACGACGAUGAUGGCUGUGAUUAUGAGAGCUUUUGA